AUGCAGAAUGGGGUUCGCCUUCCAUCCGCCGAGAUACUUGACCAGGUUGCUGAAGAAGUACGAACAGAUCGACUACCCGAACUGAUCCAUCGGCUUGCAAUGGCCCAAUCUGUGGCAUUGACGAUGGGUAAGCUACGAUUUAAUCAAGAUUCGGCUCUAAAGGCUAUUAUGGCGCAUUUCCUACAGAACGGGGAGCGCCGAGUUCUGCUCCUUCGCCUGUUGGAUCAAAAUCUGGUCGAGAGCACGGAAGGUGUCGUUCAGGGGAUAAUUCAAGAGCACGGUCUCAUGGGAAAGGUUUGUGCGAUCGUCACUGACGGAGAUACAGCUGUUUCUGAGGAUGUGUCCCUUCCGAGAGUAAUCUGCGGGGUACAGAUUCUUUGCACUGCCGUUGGGAAAUUGUUGGAACCGCUCUCCGGGCUAAUUAACAAAGUUGGCAAUUUGGGCCUAUGGAAUGAUGAUCCAGAAAAUAAUCAAAAUUGG